AUGCUUCAACUGCUGACUUGGGUUCUAAUAUUUUUACCAGCUUUUCGAGCUGCCGAUCCCAUUUGCUCUCAAAGGCCGGAUGUAACAGCCUUGAAAAACUGUUGCAAGCUGCCUAAUCUGGACUUUUCGAGUUUCAACUCCAAGUGCAGUCAGUAUUUGGUCAAUGGAGCCCACAUAUCACCUUGCAGCUUUGAGUGCAUCUUUCAAGCGGCGAAUGCAUUGAACGGCACCCAUUUGGUCAUGGAAAAUAUCGAAAAGAUGAUGAAAACCAUUUUGGACUCUGAUGAAUUUGUGCAGGUGUAUGUGGAUGGUUUCAGGAGCUGCGGUAAUCAGGAGAAUGUGCUCAUUAAGGCCCUAAAACGUCGUCGUGUUCCCAUCACCGGAAAAUGUGGCUCGAUGGCCAUAAUGUAUGGCCUGUGUGCCCAUCGAUAUGUCUACCGUAAUUGCCCGGAUAGCGUCUGGAGCAAGAGUCCCACCUGCAAUGAGGCCAGGGAAUACAACAUUCGCUGCGAUGACUUAUAA